AGCCGCUUUUGGCUCGAGGUGCAGCCCGACUACCCGUGUCUGGCGAUUGGCUAACGGAUAUACCGCGGCGAGAGGCUAGAGAGACCCGGGCACCAUGGCGCGCGGACCCAAGAAGCACCUGAAGCGCAUGUUCGCACCCUCCCACUGGAUGCUGGACAAGCUCCGGGGGCGCUGGGCGCCCAAGCCGUCCGCCGGCCCGCACAAGCAGCGCGAGUGCCUGCCCCUCAUCGUGCUGCUGCGCGAGCGCCUCAAGUACGCGCUCACCUACCGUGAGUGCAAGAUGAUCACCAUCAGGGGCGACUGAUUAAGGUGGAUGGCAAGACCCGCACGGACAUGUUCUAUCCGGCGGGGUUCAUGGACGUGGUGCAGAUCGACAAAACCAAGGAGAAUUUCCGGCUGCUGUACAACACGAAGAGCAAGUUCUGUUUGCACAAGAUCUCCAAGGAGGAGGCUUCCUACAAGCUCGCGCGUGUGAGGAAGGUGGAGCGUGGACCGAAGGGCAUCCCCUACGCCAUCACCCAUGACGGGCGCACGAUUCGCUACCCCGAUCCGGACAUUAAGGCCCAUGAUACCGUGCGUAUUGAUAUCGCCACUGGCAAGAUCAAGGACCAUCUCAAGUUCGAGCCUGGCCAGAAGGUCAUGAUCAGCGGCGGGAACAACAUGGGCCGCGUCGGUGACAUCACCCACCGCGAGCGCCACCCGGGCUCUUUCGAGAUUGUGCACGUCAAGGACAGCAACGGGCAUGCGUUCGCGACCCGUAUGCAGAACGUCUUCGUAAUCGGCACGGGCGGCAAGCCGUGGAUUUCUCUGCCGAAGGGCAACGGGGAAAAGUUGAGCAUCAUUGAGGACAGGGCCGCGCGAAUGGCCAAGUGACCGGGAGAUGAAUUUGCCCCCAGCAGCGCGCAGAAAGGGGUGGCGCACGAGGCAGGGGGGCUCUUAGAGGCCCUCCCGCUUUCUGAUAAUCCUUCUUAGAAGCCUUCGACCCCUUCCAGCAAGACCUUUGCCUCCUCAGAAGGCAAGGGCCUUCCUUCUAAGGUCGGGGCGCAAAAACAAAAACAACCACAACCAAAUUGACUUUUAUGGAGGGCCCCUCGGGGGAGAGACUUCGACAUGAACACUCUGGUUGUGGUAGUGGUUACUGUCGAGUUGUCCGUGUGCGACGCCCACAUCGAUCACAACUAGUACUAAGUUCGACCUGGUGAUCUGACGAGUGGCAUGCGCAAGACAUUCCCCAGGGUGUGUCCUCGAUGUGGUUGUCAUGGCGCCCGGCCCCUAUCAGCCAAAAGGGUGUGUGACCGAGAGAACAAUGUGUGACCGAAACCGUGCCC